AUGCACGCGUCGAAGCGGUACAACGUGACGAUCCUGCCGGGAGACGGGAUCGGGCCGGAGAUCAUGCGCGUGGCGCGGAGCGCGCUCGAGGCGGCGGGCGCGAGGGCGGACGUCGCGUUCGCGUUCGAGGAGGGACUCGUGGGCGGGAGCGCGAUCGACGCGCACGGAACGCCGCUGCCGGAGGAGACGCUGGAGAUGUGCAAGGCGAGCGACGCCGUGCUGCUGGCCGCGAUCGGGGGGUACAAGUGGGAUAACCUGCCGAGCGCGGAGCGACCGGAGCAAGGGUUGCUCGGAUUGCGGGCGGGUCUGGGGGUGUUCGCGAACUUGCGACCGGCGAACGUGCUGCCGCAGCUCAUCGAGGCGUCGACGCUGAGAAGAGACGUCGUGGAGGGGACGGACAUCAUGGUGGUGCGCGAACUCACGGGUGGGAUUUAUUUCGGCAAACCGAAGGGGUUCGGCGUGAACGACGCGGGCGAACGCAUCGGGUUCAACACGAUGGUGUACUCUGAACCGGAGGUCGAUCGCAUCGCCAAGGUGGCGUUUGAAAUCGCUCGCAAGCGCAAGGGUCGAUUGUGUUCCGUCGAAAAGGCGAACGUGCUCGAGGUGAGCCAACUUUGGAAGGAGCGCGUCAUCGAGACCCACAAGCAGUUUAGCGACGUCGAGCUCUCGCACAUGUACGUCGACAACGCCGCGAUGCAACUCAUCCGUAACCCGACGCAGUUCGACACCAUCGUCACCGGUAACAUCUUCGGUGACAUUCUUUCCGACGCGGCGUCCAUGUUGACGGGGUCGAUCGGUAUGUUGCCGUCCGCGGCCAUCGGCUUGGAGGGUCCGGGCUUGUACGAGCCGGUGCACGGGAGCGCCCCGGAUAUCGCCGGUCAAGACAAGGCCAACCCGUUGGCGCAAGUUUUGAGCGCGGCGAUGAUGAUGCGAUACCAAUUCGGCGAAGAAGGCAUCGCGUCUGCGCUCGAAAAGGCGGUGAACGAUGUUUUGGAUGAUGGCUAUCGCACGGGCGACAUCAUGCAGGAAGGCAAGACGCUCGUCGGCUGCGUGAAGAUGGGUGAAUUGUUGCUUGCGAAGCUUUAGACGUUAAUCCUACAAAUCUCUAAUAUUA